CAAAGUCACCGCAGUAAUCGGCGUCGUCCUCGUCGCUGUUGUUAUUGUUGCUGUUGGCGUGUACUUUGCAAUAAAUACGCGCGCGAUAAACGUCGCAAACUCUUUGCAUUCAUGACAACUGGAAGCGCGACAACAACGGUAACACAUGUGCAGCGACGGCAGCGCAUCUAAACUGAAUUUAACUGGAGGCAGGUCCAACAAAUCGAAAAGUAUCAAUGCCGCUGGCCAGACAUUCAAACGCUGCUGAAACGCGAACUUGAACGGGCGCGCUUCUACAAGUUUUUCCGCCAAACGAAUCCAAACAUAUACCGUUACGUAUGCCAUGCGUUUGCGGGUACAAAGUUUUUAGUUUUGCAUAAUGUGUUGAGAGAUCUGUGUUUAUUCGUGAGAAAAUAUACGGUGCGUUGCCACAGGCUUGCGUGCCGAGUGUGAGGCGGCGUGAUUGCCGUUGAGACGCGCGCCUGCUUGCCCGCCUGCCAGCAUUUGAACUCAGGUGCCGAUACUCGCAAUUACUUUGAAUGCGCCCGGUCGCGUUCGUCGUCGUAGUCAAGCGCAUUUAUUCAUUGAAUAUUAUUGUGAUUUGCAUGUUGUCGUAAGAGAAUAAUAAUAAAAGCGAAUAAAAUUGCGAAGAAAAUGCAGUGCGCACACACUUGUGGCUAAACUAAAAAUAAAACAAUUAAUAAACAAAUAAACAGUGGAAAUUUUAAUAGUGCUUAAGAAAAAAGUGUAGAAUAAACAUUUGAAAUAAACUCAUAAGUAAGAAAAAUACGGAUUUCCGCCAAGUGCGUGCUUCAAAGACUAAAGAAAACCAUGGCGCCUGCAAACGCUUCACACGAAGUAAGCAGCUGGACAUCCAUGCUACCGCCUUAUGCGAAUACGCGUGCCCUUAACGUUGAGAGCCAGCUCAGUACGCUCCUCAAUAGUUCUAUUAAUUUGCUUAAUAAUACUUUUUCCAACGCCAUCGCCACUUCUUUUAAUUAUAGUUAUGAGCAAGCGGAAAAUGCUUCACUUCAACACUUUUUUGAUCUCGGCCCAACGCACGACUCACUAGAAAUCGUCAUACCCGUGACGAUCAUUUACAGUUUGAUAUUCGUCAGCGGUGUUAUUGGUAAUAUCAGCACCUGUAUUGUGAUUAAGAAGAACCGCUCCAUGCAUACCGCCACCAAUUACUACCUCUUCAGCUUGGCCAUAUCGGAUUUCCUGCUGUUGCUCUCCGGCGUGCCACAGGAGAUGUACUUCAUCUGGUCCAAAUAUCCGUAUGUAUUUGGUGAAUACUUUUGCAUUGGGCGCGGCGUGUUGGCGGAGACUUCUGCGAAUGCGACGGUACUAACCAUCACCGCUUUCACCGUGGAACGUUACAUGGCCAUAUGUCACCCGUUUCUUGGACAGGCUAUGUCGAAAUUGAAUCGCGCAAUACGGAUUAUUGUGCUCAUUUGGUUGGUUUCGAUUUUGACCGCCAUACCGCAGGCGGCACAAUUCGGCGUCAUCGCGUUGAAUGGCAUCGAGAAGUGCACCGUUGUGCGGAACAUCAUUCAACACUCAUUUCAGUUGUCCACCUUUAUUUUCUUCAUUGCUCCAAUGUCUAUAAUAUUGGUAUUGUAUCUACUGAUCGGUUUGCGUUUGCAUCGCUCAAAUUUGAUGGGCGCCACUGGUGAGGCUUGCGGCGGUGGGAGCGGCCGACGUGGUUUUGGCUGUAUUGGCACUAGCGCUGCAAAUGGUAGAUCGGGUGGUGGCACAGAGGGCGGCAUUGUUAGUAAUGACAGUGGGAACGGGCGUGGUCGUCUGGCGAACGGUGGCGGUGCCGGUGGCGGUAGCGUUGUGCGUGCGAGCGGCACACGCAAAGGGAGCGAUCGCAUGAGCAUGAAGGGUACACAGAGCGAUACGAUGCUAUAUCGUUAUAUGGGUGGUAGCCAGUUGAGCGCCGUGCGCGGCCGCAUGAAUCACUAUGGAACGCGACGUGUGAUAAAGAUGCUGGUCGCCGUUGUCAUAUGUUUCUUCUUGUGUUGGGCCCCCUUCCAUGCGCAGCGGCUAAUCGCUGUUUAUGGCUCGAAUGUUUGGGGCGGCGGUAGUGAGAAUGUUGAUGGUGUUGCCGGCGGUGGGGAGCAUGAUGACGCUGCUGCAGAUGAUAAGAAUCAUCAUGUGGUGAUAUACACCGUUAUGACCUAUGUGUCGGGAGUGCUUUAUUACCUGUCGACAUGCAUAAAUCCAUUGCUAUAUAACCUGAUGAGCAACAAGUUUCGGCAGGCAUUCAAGUCGAUUUUGCUUCGCAAGAAAACGAAUGGCUCUCUCAAUUAUCGACGCACUCAGCAAUCGCAGAAUUUACGUCGUAAUCCGACACUCACCUCGAGUACUCAGCGUGAAUCGAAUGAUUCGGAUCCGCUUUCGAAACAUUCAAUGUUGCAGGCGGCGUUAAAUAACAGUAAAAUAUUGCCAUAAAUUGUUGGGUAAUAUACAUAUAUAGUUAUUCCCACAAACAUACAUACAUAUGUGUCUAUAUGUAACUGUUAUCAUUAUAUAUUUAAAUUGUUAGAAGAUACCGUAGAGUACAAUGGUUCGAAACUCAACAAAGACGGAGGCUGUUUGAAGGCAGUGAAGUGAUUAUAAGGCUAUUGACUUUGAACACUCAUGAGCAAGCACGUGUGGAUAGAUCAUAAAAAACUGCAAUUUACAAUAGGUCUACACAAAUGAGGUACUUAAAACUGGAUACUUAUUUAAUUGCUGAAUUCAGCAAGCAAACAACAUCUUAGUAAUUUAAUUCAUUUAUAAUAUACAAUACUUAUUCACAGCUAUUUAUAUGUAUUUGUUAAUAUAUACCUUUGUAUAUACUAUAUGUUUAUGUAAUAAUAAGAAAGCUAUUGAGAAUUUAUACCCCUUAGAGUUAACCUGAGUUAAGAGUUAGUUGCGACCAAUAUUACGUUAUUUAUUUUAUUUUUUUGCAAACUAUGCUAAAUAAAAAUAAAGUGAAAGUUAUAACUGAA